GUUGAAAUAGAACAGACUGGGUUUAAACAAAAUCCUUGUGUACACUCCUGACACUAACUGAUUGCUGAUCACAAUGUUGGCUGAUAUGCUCGUAUGGUGGUAUUACAUGUCCUCUUAUCUGCAUCAUGUAUGUCCUGUGAUAGUGUUUCUCGUCGGUGGAAAAAUGUAUAAAAUUCUCAUGCUACUGCACUGGAUGGGAUUGGCUUAUGAUAUGAUUUUGUCAUGGGUUAUUAAGUUGGGCUGGUAUGUGUACAUGGCUUUUAUGGCUUUUCUAUCUCUUCCACGUUUUCUCUUAGAACUUAAUAAUGGCACUCAAUUUAUGGGAAAAGCUGACAUGUGUAAUUGCUCUCACUAUGUCAUUUACCCUCAUUUCAAUAAUACUUGGAAUGUUCUAAUUACCAUGUCUGUAGUAUUUUCCCAUGUUUCUACCUUGGCUUGGAUUGUGAAAUUUUUUUUUAGAGCUGUGAGGAAAGGCAUACAGAAUAUGGACAGGUGUCCAGGGAGCUUUUUACCUGUAAAGAUUUGGAGAACGCAGGAACCCAUUCCUAAUUCAGCUGUGCCAGAACCAGUUGCUGUUACCACUGUGGACACUCAAACUGAGACAACUGAUACAAUUGCUGUUGAAUCAGAGUGUCAAUCUGUGCCAGUAUCAGUUGCCCCUGUACAGAAAAAGAAAUAUACAAAGAAACCAGUUCGCAGCACUAAGGAUGAAGAUGAACAAGGGACAUCACAGAAGGAAGAAGAGGUGGAGCCAGAGAUAAUCAGCCGGUCCUUGUCCCUGAAUGAACUGCGAGAUGUGCGGAAAGAUUACAGCCGUCGCCCAGAGUACCCUGAGAGGCCAAGACCCAUCUUUGCUGUACAUCUGAACCUUGAUCCUAGAAAGUGUUUAAGAAUUUGUCCCUCAGUCAACUUUGGGAUUUACUACAUGCCUUACUUGGACAAUACUAAAGUACUUUGCAAGAUCAGCAAUGCGUAA